CGCGGGCGAACUCUAGUUCUCCCAAUCGGUGCGCUGAGCCGGCAAUUCAAACUGACAGCCGGUUGGAAAGGCAGAGAGCGGAAGAGGGAGCAAAAAACGACGCGUUCGGUGACAGAGACCCCAGCGCCGACUGAGCCCCAAAAGCGAUCUCUGCCCCAUCCCACCAACCCCAUCGCGCGCCCCGGAGCGGCCGCUCGGAGGGAGACCUAAGGGGCCGGCGGGGGGCACGAGGGAGAGCUGAGGGACGGGGGACUGAGAGAAACUGCGCGAGAGCCAGCCAGCACGCUGAGGGCUGGGGGCUGCCAGGAGAGAAGUGAAGCGGAGGCUCGCGAGCGAGCAGAGCGGAGAAGGGUCCCGGGAGGACUGAGGAAAACCGGAGUUCGUCCGGUGGGAAAAGCUAAGGGGAUUUCUGGAUCCUGGGAAGAGGAGAAAGAUUUCCAAAGACGAGGCGUGGGUAGGGACGCUUGGCCGGCGAUCUAGGGAGAGGAAUUGGAGCGCUCCGAGGGAGGGUCUUAGGAGGGGAGCUUUCACGGAAAGAAGCCGCUGGAGAAAGUUUAGGGAAUUGCCAAGGGGGAGGGGGCUGAAGAGUAGAGCCUUUUAGACGCGAGGCUGGGGAGCCUACGGUAGAGAAGUUCCCCAGGUCUCUUGCAGCUCGCCGCCUCCCCACUUCAAACCUCACUCUCUUCCCAGAAAGUUAAAAGGAAAGCCACAUUUGCUGCUUCUCCCUGCUCCUCCUUAAUAAAUAUUACUUUCACCCUCCCACGGGAAAACAGAGAAGAACUCAUUUCCUUCCCAGCUUAAGGCUUAGAAAAGCUCUAGACCUCGCAAUUUUAUUUUUAACCUGGGGGAAUCAAAGUAGGAAAGGAACUGCUCUUGUCUGCUCUUUCAAAAUCCCACACUGCAUCCUUCCCGGGACGCCAUGUCUACCAGCACUUGUAGUUUCAAGGACCGGUGCGUGUCCAUCCUGUGUUGCAAAUUCUGUAAACAAGUGCUCAGCUCUAGGGGAAUGAAGGCUGUUUUGCUGGCUGAUACUGAAAUAGACCUUUUCUCUACAGACAUCCCUCCUACCAAUGCAGUGGACUUCAUUGGAAGAUGCUAUUUCACUGAAAUCUGCAAGUGUAAACUGAAGGACAUCGCAUGUUUAAAAUGUGGGAACAUUGUAGGUUAUCAUGUGAUCGUUCCAUGUUGUUCCUGCCUUCUUUCCUGCAACAAUGGACACUUCUGGAUGUUUCACAGCCAGGCAGUUUAUGAUAUUAACAGACUGGACUCCACCGGUGUAAACUUCCUACUUUGGGGCAACUUGCCAGAGAUAGAGGAGAAUACAGAUGAAGACAUGUUAGAUAUCUCAGCAGAAGAGUGUAUUCGAUGAAUGAGAAGGAUUAUGAUAUGUAUAAUAUUCAGAUUCUUUCCUAUUUAAAAUACAUAUUAAUGGAUUGACUUUUAAAGUAUUAGUAAGAAUUUACUACUGAUUUCUCUUUUGGGGGGGGAAAUGGGACAGUUGUUGAUUUAUUUAUUUGCUAUCUCGGAUUCAUUAUCUGAAUUUAAUUUGAGCCAUUGUUGUUCUUUUCUUCUACUGAUUCCUCUUCCUCUCUCCACGCCUCCACCCGGUAAAGGUAUAUUCUUAAAUACAGAUUGGAGAAGACUAUUUCAUGUGUCACUCAACUACCUUACAAUCUUGGGGAAUUUUUCUUACAAGUAGAUACCAGAUACUCUUAAUUUUACAUUCUUGAAUAAGAGGCAUUCGUACAUAUACAUACAUAUGACAAGCUCAACUGGGAAUUAAAGUUUAACAGGAAAUUUUUUUUUUUAAAAAACCAAGCUGUUAGGUUUCCAUAGAUACUGGUUAUCCUGCAUUACACUGGUGAAAACUCCUUAAAAUGGAGCAAGACUUUGUGAAUCAAGCAAAUAGAAUAAGAUAAAACUUUAAAAUGUAUGAAGACAUUCUCUUAAUUCCUCAGGGCAAUGUUAGAUAAAUGAAUUUGUCACAAAAAUAUCAAUAUAUACUGUUUACCAGCAUUAUUUAUUUACAUUCUUCUAAAGUCAUAUGGUUAUUGUGUUAUGAAAGCAGAUCAACUAAACCUCCACCUUUAAGUCAUUCUCUUCUCUAGGACUUUCUCUGUAAAUAGCAAAUUUUAAAGGAGUAGUCUCAGUUCCAACCCUUAAAUAGGAAAAAACUAAAGAAGUGUUUUGCUUAAGCCAUUGUAUAUUAUAAAGAGAAUUUUGUUUUGUUUUGUUUUAAGCUGCAUUCAGAGCCACACAGAAAUAGGAAACUGGGAUGGUGUUGGGUUGUGAUUUUAGGUACAGCUAAAAUCAAUGUACCGCCUUAGUAAGACCUCAGCUGUGGACAUUCUGUUGAUAGUGAUACCAAAACAGACUGAGUUGCGGUUCUGUAAAUAAAGUUUUGUUGUAAAAAUGA